AUUCGGCUAAAAAAUUUCCAUCGGCAGAUACGCUCGCGCAGAGAGAGAGAGAGAGAGAGAGAGUACGAGCCUACGAGAAGAGGGGAUUGCCAGGCUUGGUCAUCGGACACCAAGUGUUGUGGAGAAGGAAAUCCUUUUGUCAACCGUUUCUUUGUCGCCGAAGACGAUCUUAAUAGAAAUACCUUUGGCAGUGUUCUACUUCAGUGGCCAAAUGCAAUUUCUUAUGAAUUUAUAAUUCAAUUAUGCUCAUUGCAUAUGAAAUCUCCCCAUCUGAUGAAGACAUUAGGUCAUCUCAACGUAUUUAUCCAAUUGGCCUACUCUCCUCCUACAUGGGCAGUGAUAAUUGCUGGUGCCUUUGUCAUCAUUACUCUUACUCUGUCAAUGUAUCUCCUGUUUGAGCACCUUUCUGCAUACAAGAAUCCUGAGGAGCAAAAAUUUUUGAUUGGAGUCAUCCUAAUGGUUCCGUGCUAUGCAGUAGAAUCACAGUUUGUAUCAUUGGUGGAUCCAUCAAUCAGUGUUGACUGUGCGAUACUGCGGGAUUGCUAUGAAUCUUUUGCCAUGUAUUGCUUUGGAAGAUACCUUGUUGCUUGUCUGGGUGGGGAGGAGAGGACCAUUGAAUUUAUGGAAAGAGAAGGCCGUGCCAGUUCAAAAAUGCCUCUAUUAGAGCAUAGCUCUGAGAAGGGAACUAUAAAGCAUCCAUUUCCUUUGAACUACUUCCUUAAACCCUGGAAACUUGGUCGGUGGUUUUAUCAAAUUGUGAAAUUUGGAAUUGUUCAAUAUAUGAUAAUAAAAUCUCUGAGCGCUAUUAUUGCAGUAAUCCUUGAAGCCUUUGGAGUUUACUGUGAAGGAGAUUUUAAAUGGGGAUGUGGGUACCCUUAUUUGGCAGUGGUUCUGAACUUCAGUCAGUCAUGGGCAUUAUACUGUCUUGUUCAAUUUUAUGCUGCUACAAAGGAUGAAUUGGCACAUAUAAAGCCAUUGGCUAAAUUUUUGACGUUUAAAUCUAUUGUGUUCCUCACUUGGUGGCAAGGGGUGGCAAUUGCUCUCCUCUAUGCCUUGGGUUUGUUCAGAAGUCCUAUAGCACAAGGCUUUCAGUUGAAGUCUAGUGUCCAAGAUUUCAUCAUUUGCAUUGAGAUGGGCAUUGCUUCCAUAGUUCACCUGUAUGUGUUUCCAGCAAAGCCUUAUGAGCUAAUGGGAGAUCACUUUCCUGGAAGUGUUUCAGUCCUUGGAGAUUACUCUGCUGACUGUCCUCUUGAUCCUGAUGAGAUUAGGGACAGUGAGCGCCCAACUAAGCUGCGCCUUCCUAAUCCUGAUGCUAAUGUCAGGAGUGGAAUGACAAUCAGAGAGAGUGUUCGUGAUGUUGUUAUUGGUGGUGGUGAAUAUAUUGUGAAAGAUGUGAGGUUCACAGUCAAUCAAGCAGUGGAGCCAGUGGAAAAGGGGAUCACUCGAUUUAAUGAGAAACUACAUAGAAUUUCUCAAAACAUCAAGAAGAAUGACAAAGAUAGAAAGAGAACAAAGGACGAUAGUUGCAUUGCUUCAUCAUCGUCACUUGCAAGGAGGGUGAUUCGUGGAAUAGAUGACCCCUUAUUGACUGGGAGUGUUAGUGACAGUGGGGUGUCAAGGGGAAAGAAGCACCGCCGAAAAUCGGGAUAUGUGAGUGCAGAGAGUGGAGGAGAGAGCAGUAGUGAUCAAAGCUACGGGGGAUACCAGGUUAGAGGCCAUAGGUGGGUUACCAAAGAGUGACGAGUAUUUUAGUGAAUAGCUUGUGGAAUUGAAAUUCUUUCUGGAGAAGGACGAAGCCCUGAUCUCUGAUGUAUUAGUCUGCAGGGGGAGGAAUGAUUUCUUUUAUACUCUUUGGAUGGUUUCAUUAUAUUUGGUGCAUGAGUUCUGGUUGUGAAAAAUUUUCUGAAGUAAAUUGUUGCUCAUUAGGAGGUAUCAUGAUCGUGUUCCUGUGCCAUUUCUGUCAUAGACGGGUCUUGAGUAUUUGUAUAGAUGUUUAUUCUGGCAGCUCCUAGCAGUUGCUUGGUCUAAACUAAACUAAAAUGGUUGGUGAGAUGAGGUACAGAUGUCUGUCCAACCUUUUCUAUACAAAUUGCCGCUUUUAAUUGGAAUGUUAGUGAUACUAUAUGCUCUCAUCAAUGUUUAAAUUCAGUUAAGGAGGCCUGCCCGAUUUAGGGCGUGGCUUUUUAUCCAUGUA